AUGCGUGUCUUCGUUGCUUGUAAUAGAUAUUCCAAACUCAGACUGGAUUAUAGACAAGAGUGGGAUGCUGAUUUUCGUAAAUACUUGCAAGGACUUGAUAGAAUUAAGCCUGUCAUACUUUGCGGGGAUUUAAAUGUAUCUCACUUGGAAAUUGAUCUGGCUAAUCCGAAAACAAAUACAAAAACUGCCGGAUUCACUAAAGAAGAAAGGGAAGGAUUUGGGAAAUUAUUGGAUUGCGGAUUUAUUGAUACUUUUCGUCACUUUUACCCAAACAAAACUAGUGCUUAUUCCUUUUGGAGCUAUAUGUCCAAUGCGAGAUCUAAAAAUAUUGGAUGGAGACUGGAUUAUUUUGUUACUUCCAAAAAUUUAAUACCAAAUGUAGCAGAUAGCAUCAUCCGUUCAGAAAUUGAAGGCAGCGAUCACUGCCCGAUUGAACUACUUCUGCAAAUAUAA